AUGGAGCUCAUCGGGAAUUACAAAAUUGAGAAAAAGAAUUAUUCGUAUAAAUUUACUACAUCAAAAGUUGUUUGUUGGUCCUUGAUAAACGAAGUUUUUAAAAUCAGUGGAGAUCAUUUGGAAAGCAGCACUGAAGAAGACGUUUCUGAAGCAUCGUUUAUCAAUCAACUGAUUUUCUAUUUCCCGAGAAAUCUUGGGAUAUUCUUUCCAAAUCUUCAAGUGCUUACGCUUUACAGCUGUGGAAUAAAACGUAUCAGCAAAUUCGAUCUUCAUGGAUUACGACGGUUGAAGGAAAUCUCAUUGAACGGCAAUCAUCUGGUGACUCUGCCAAACAACCUCUUUGAAUCUACACCAGAAAUCGAAUCAGUUUCAUUUUGCAGAAAUAAAAUAAAAUACAUUGGGCCGAAUAUUUUUGAUUCUCUUGAUAACUUGAGAUAUGCGAAUUUCAAAUUAAAUAAAAAUAUUGACAUUGUUUUUAAGGUUGACGGCAAAGGCCCGACAUUGGAGGAAAUGAAAGCAUACAUCGCAGAAUUCUGUCAAGAAAUAUUUCAUGGUCAGGUUAAUAAUUAUUUCGAUAACUUAAAGGGUAUUUUUGGUAAGACCUUCACGGCAAGACAUUCAUGGAGCGAACCAAUGGAAUCUUAUAUGGACUUUUAUUAA